UGCCUCCCUCCCUCUCCUGGCCUCUCCCGGUCCCCUCCUCCCGCCUGUCCCCGGGCAGGACUCGGAAGAUGGCGGCGGAUGAUCGUGGCCGCUCGGACUCGGCUAAAGAGAAGAGAAAGGAGCAGCUGAGCCGAUGGCUAGGCUCGGAGACGGAGCGAUGUCUUCCCCGUGGCACCUCUCGCCGGGCCCCCCGGGUCCGCUUCGCCCAAGGAGCCGUCUUUAUGGCCGCCUGUUCGUCUGGAGACCAGGAGGAGGUUCGGGAGCUGCUGGCGGCCGGAGCCCCGAUCAAUGGCACCAAUGUGGACGGGCUGACAGCUCUGCACCAGGCUUGUAUUGAUGAAAAUCUAGAGAUGGUUCAGUUUCUGGUUGAAAAUGGAGCAAGCGUCAACCAGCAGGAUAACGAGGGGUGGACCCCACUCCAUGCGGCCGCAUCCUGUGGCUUCGUGCCGAUUGCACAGUACUUGAUCUCAAAGGGUGGCAGUGUUUCCAUUCCAAAUAGUGAAGGUGAACUUCCCCUGGAUGUGGCCCAUGAGAGUGCCAUGGAGAAGCUGAUGAAGAGCGAGGUUAAGAAGCAAGGUGUGGAUAUAGAAGCUGCGAAGAGAGAGGAAGAGGAGCUGAUGCUGAGAGAUGCAAGGCGUUGGUUGAACAAUGGAAAGAUUGAUGAUAUCAGACACCCAACCACUGGAGCUUCUCCUCUGCAUGUAGCUGCUGCAAAGGGCUACGCUGAGGUCAUUAGGCUGCUCCUUCAGUUGGGGUUCGAUGUGGAUUUUCGUGACUUUGACGGGUGGACUCCUCUUCAUGCAGCGGCUCAUUGGGGCCAAGAGGAAGCUUGCCGAAUCCUGUCUGAGGCUCUUUGUGACAUGGAUGCUAUCAACAAAGUGGGUCAGACGCCUUUUGAUGUGGCAGAUGACAGUUUAGAGUCUGCGCUUGAGAAGCUGAAGAACAAACAGAGUGCGUUACGCUUGGAGAAAAUGAAGACCGCGCCUCAAAUUAUGACCCAGACAACUUCCGCCAACCAGAAUGCAGCUAGUAGAACAAGAAGGAGUUCUAUUUCUCGUCUGAGCAGCCAGGAGAAGUUUGCGCUGCGCGUUCAGGACAAAGAGCCCCGUGCACAGCCCCUCGCCACAACCAUACCCGCCGCCCAGCCAAUCGCCUCCAGUUCCGAUGAGUCUGGUUCUGAUGCUGAAUCGGAAAAAGUGAAAGCUCAAGAAAGAAUCAACAACCUGAACAAUCAACUGCGGAACCUUUCCGGAACAGCGGCAAAGAAGACCCCGGCUGUCCAGGAACAGGAGAAAUCUGAGCCUCAGUUGGGUUCAUGGAGAGCCUCUCUAAAGAAGACGGGUAGUUCUGGCGCACUGAGUUCUGGCACCACUUCCGAAGAAGGCAGGAGGGCAGCAUUGCCUAAAUCUGCCUCCAGCUCCCAGAUAGCAGACAGAGAAAAGACUGGGGCUGAAUUUCGUUUAGCAAGGGUGACUCCAAGUCAGAAAUUGCUCGGGAACCAGGAAAAUGUGAGAGAACCUCAGUUUAGCCGUGGGUCCUUCACCCGCCAGCGUAAUGAUGGAGAUGAAGGACUUAACUCAUUCCGUAGGCAGAGAGGAGAUUUUCUGUCGUCAAGGCCCGAAUCCACUCUUACCAAAAGAGAACCAUUAUUAAGUAAACCAGAGGUUUCCUUGACGAGCGCAAAUACUGUUAAGACUCCAGCAGACACCACGCCAAAUUCACUUGGAAGAAAUACAGAGACUGCAAAAACUGUUAGUACAAAUCUAGAGCCUACAACCAACUCUGAGACCAAAGAGAGGCGCAGGUCUUACUUGACUCCAGUGAGGGACGAGGAAGCGGAGGCACAACGAAAGGCGCGGUCUCGCCAUGCGCGACAAUCUCGUCGUUCCACUCAGGGAGUGACUCUCACUGAUCUGAAAGAAGCAGAAAAAGUCAUCAAAGGUCAGCAGGAAAACAAACCAACAGAAGCCGAGCCACAGAAAGAGGAACAGGACACUACUAAAGACAACCAACCAAGAGCUAGGAGUAGUCGGACUGUUGACGAAGGAACAGAGGUCAGCUGGAGGUCUCGCAUCGCCAAUUUGCAGAAAUCUGAUCUUCUAGGACUGACUACCCCAGACUCAGCUCCAAUCUCUUCUGGGUCCCACCGACGAGGUGCAGGCCAUAGUGUAGAGAGCAAAGAGAUGCAAAAGUCCCAUGAGGACGAGAAAGAAAGUGACGAGAGAAGUGGUAGAAACAAAGCUGGUGUGCGGGACCGCAGGAGACCGAGAGAAAAGAGGAGGUCUACUGGUGUUCCACUGACCACUAGAGAUAGUGAUGGAGAGGAUUCGGAAGAAGAGGACGAAGCAGAAGAGAGUUCGCGACCUCAGGUAGAUGGACUUAGUUCUCGAACGGACGCGGUUUCCAACGCACACACGGCGAGCCGCAUAGAAGCAGCCAUUGCAUCUGAACACCGGGACACUAAGGACUUCAAAAAACUGUAUGAAGAUUUAAUGAGAGACAAUGGACGUCUUCGCUCACAGCUGCUAAACACCCAGAACCUGGUGACUGAGACGAAAGCAGAAUUGGAAAGAGCCACUCAGAGACAGGAAAGGUGUGUUGACAGAUCAUUUCUUAUCGACACCGAGAAAAAAGAAAAAAUGAUCCUGGAACGCAGAGUAUCUGAGCUUCAAGAAGAACUGAAGGCUCUCGGAGACCUCAAGGCUGACAAUAAGCGCUUGAAAGAUGAGAAUGGAGCUCUAAUUCGAGUCAUCAGCAAGCUUUCUAAAUAGCACACUUUGUCGUAGGACUGGUCCAUGUUUCCUGCUCUCCUGCGUUUCACAGCACUGGGACAGACCAGGUGGGCAUACAUAGAUUACUACAGGUAGCUGGGAUAUAGAGGAUACGCAGUCAUCCCCCUCCUGUCUGUCACGUCACCACUUUUCAACAAAGUCACCCCUGAGGACUGUCUGGAAGUUGUCACAUCAAAGCACAGUUUGCCUUCCAGGAACCUUGUGGAUAACACACAGAAUGGCCAAACUCAUCUAGAAAGAAAGGCAUUGUAUAUCUGCAUUUGAAAAUAAUGUGGCUUUUUAGGCAUGUUUCCCAAAGCAGAGUGAACGUUCAUAACUGAUCACUGCUGUGAGAUUCUAGCUGUAAUGUCCAUCUGCACCCAUGCAAUGAGCUGCCAGUAUGCAGUGGUUGGAAGAUGUAGAGCAGCAAGGAAUUAAAUGGGUCAUGUGGUCUCUUAUCAGCUGUCACUUGUAGCAUGUUAUGUGGUCUCAUCAACUGCCGCUUGCCUGAAACGUG